GCGCUGCCGGACCGGCCUGAGGGGAGGAGCGUCGCGGCUGCAGGCGGCGCAGCUGGAGCGGGGCUGAGACGCCGCCGCCGCCCGGGAGAGCAGAUGCAUUUAGUGUUCAUGGAAACUAUAGAAUGACAGCUUGGGAAACGGAAGUUACCUGUUUAAACACAAGACAAGUACAAUUUGGGGCAGCUCCAAUGCAAGUUUCUACAAACAGCACUGAAGAAAUGAGCCUAAAGUCUGAACGCAGAGGAAUUCACGUUGAUCAGUCAGAGCUACUGUGCAAGAAAGGAUGUGGUUACUAUGGAAACCCUGCUUGGCAGGGCUUCUGCUCCAAGUGCUGGAGAGAAGAGUACCAUAAGGCAAGGCAGAAGCAGAUUCAGGAUGACUGGGAGCUGGCCGAGCGACUUCAGCGUGAGGAGGAAGAAGCCUAUGCUAGUAGUCAGAGUACACAAGGGGCCCAGUCACUCACCUUUUCCAAGUUUGAGGAAAAGAAAAGCAAUGAAAAGACACGCAAGGUGACAACUGUGAAGAAAUUCUUCAGUGCUUCUUCCAGGACAGGAGCUAAGAAGGCUGCUCAAGAGAGAAACCUUAAGCAAGGACAGCUUGGGAGGGAGCGAAAUGCUGAUAACAUUCUCAGGGACUUGAAGGAGAUUUUUACUCCCUCCUGGGAGCUGGCUUCCCCUACUGAAGGUAACACAGCACAGCUUGGAGAGCUGUCUGCUUGUUCUAUGUUGGCUGACAAACUGAGAGCAGAGAUCCAUGAAGCUAAGGCUCCUAGCCCAUCGAUAAACAGGCAGGUCAGCAUUGAGACAGAUCGAGCGUCCAAGGAGUUUAUAGAGUUUCUCAAGACCUGUCAUAAAUCUGGUCAAGAAAUUUAUAAGCAGUGCAAAAUGUUUUUGGAAGCAAUGCAUCACAAAAGGGAAUUAAGUAUUGAGGAGCAAUCUGAAUGUGCCCAGGACUUCUAUCAAAACGUAGCGGAGAAAUUACAGACCCGUUCGAAAGUUUCCCCAGAAAAAGUUGAGAAAGCAAUGGACCAGAUUGAAAAAUAUAUCAUGACUCGAUUGUAUAAAUAUGUGUUCUGCCCUGAAACAACUGAUGAUGAGAAGAAGGAUCUGGUUGUCCAAAAGAGAAUCAGGGCUUUACACUGGGUUACUCCACAAAUGCUGUGUGUUCCUGUUAAUGAAGAAAUUCCAGAAGUCUCUGAUAUGGUUGUGAAAGCAAUUACAGAUAUUAUCGAAAUGGAUUCAAAACGUGUCCCUCGUGAUAAGUUAGCAUGCAUCACCCAAUGCAGCAAACAUAUCUUCAAUGCUAUAAAAAUCACAAAAAACGAACCAGCUUCUGCUGAUGACUUCUUACCAACACUCAUAUAUAUUGUUUUGAAGGGUAAUCCACCCCGUCUGCAGUCCAACAUCCAGUAUAUAACCCGCUUCUGUAAUCCAAGCAGGUUAAUGACUGGAGAGGAUGGCUACUAUUUUACCAAUCUGUGCUGUGCGGUGGCCUUCAUUGAAAAGCUGGACGCUCAAUCUUUAAAUCUAAGCCAGGAGGAUUUUGAUCGCUACAUGUCGGGCCAAACGUCUCCAAAGAAACAAGAAUCUGAAAACUGGUCUUCUGAUGUGUGCCUAGGGGUUAAACAGAUGUAUAAAAACUUAGACCUCCUCUCUCAAUUGAAUGAAAGACAGGAAAGAAUUGUCAGUGAAGCCAAGAAGCUUGAGAAAGACCUUAUAGAUUGGACUGACGGAAUUACUAAGGAAGUCCAAGAUAUUGUUGAAAAAUAUCCAUUGGAAAUAAAACCAAAAAAUCAACCCUUAGCAGCUAUUGACUCCGAAAAUGUAGAGAAUGAUAAAUUGCCCCCACCACUGCAGCCUCAGGUUUAUGCUGGAUGAUAAUUUACCAGGAAAGUAUUAACUUCGAAAGGAAUUCUUACACAUCUUUUACUAUUUGCUGCUUGGAAAGGGGAAUAAGUUUGAGGCUAAAAAAUCAAAUGAGUUUAAAUCAGUACAUUUUUAAAGGUACAAUUAUUUUGUUUAGAGUGUAAUAAAUUGUAUUUAUUUUAGUCAAAGUAGGUUUCUAUUAGGCUUUUGUGGGUUUUUGAACUGAAUUUAAAUUUUCUACACAAAGCCAAUGUAAUUUUUAAGCAACAGUAGUCCAUUGACAACUUUUUCCUGAAAGCUUCCUUCUAGGCAUGCACUUGUGUUUUUAAAUAAUGAGUUUAAUUUAAAUUUAAGAAGGAAAAAGAUUAGCAGUACUUCUUGAAUGAUGCAAGGCUGGGUGUUCUAGCAGAAACUCAAAGGUACCAGUGUUCCAAAGUCUGAAUUUAUUCUAUAGUUGUAAUGAUGAAAGAUAUAGUGUAAAAUAAAUAUGUAGAAUUGUAAAUAGGUUUAAAAAAGUAAUGUUUCAACUGUGCAUGGCACCUUGUGUAUUAGUACAAAAUGAUAUAUAAAAAUGUCCAUUUUUAGCAACUUUUAUUUAGUUAAAUAUGAACUUCACAGUAUAUAAGCAAGUACGCCAUUAAUAUAUUUUAGCAAGCUGGAUGAUGCAACAGAAUGAACUGCAGAUUUGAAAGCGUGACAGAACUAUGUCAUAGUAUUCAUAGCUUUUAAGCUCAUUCUUUAUAAUAACUCUUGGGAUCUGAAAAUGGAAAUAUUUUUUCAUCUUAACGUUUGCCUCCAUUUUUGUCAGUACACUGAUGGUCUGUUGGGUUGCAGGUAGUUGCUGGUGUUGCUUAUUUGUAAGAAGAAAGAGCAUUGAAGCAGGUUUUGGAAGGAGAGGAAAAUGACAGACUUGGAACACGUGAUAGUUGUGGGGGGAAUGGCUCAAAUGCUCGGCCAACAGUGACUGACUCCCGUGCAUCAUAUGAACAUGUUUUAGAGGCUACUUUAUUAAGAGCAUGGCCCUUUGCUAUGAGCAAGGAAGAGCACAUUUAUUUUUGCAAAAUUGCACUAUUCCAGGCUUUAGUGAUUUUUGAGUACUGAAAGUGAACAAGUUAAGCAUCAAGGUUAAUACAGUUCACUUCACAAAAGCUUUACAUCACUGUGUACUGUAUUUCAUGUGAAAAAUAACCCGGUAGUCCACUCCACAAAACAUGUAACCAUUUGCAGAUUUUUUUAUACUCCAGUGAAACAUUUUAUAUAUCAUUUUAAAUAUCUUCCAGUUAAUUUAGUCUGCCAUGGCUUGUACGUGUACCUGUGAUAUUUAAUGCUUUUCAGAGAUAUUUUCCUUAGCUUGGCUAAGGGCUGUUCUUAAGCAACAUUAAAUUUUUUCCAUCAAGGGGAGGGUACCUAUCCCUUCAUUGUAUUCCAUUGCUUUAAAAAUACUGAUAUUUCAAAAUUUGCACUGCAAUAAUUUCAGACCAAAACUGUGACUUGUCCUAUUUUUAAUUCUCCAAUUGCUGUGUUUAGCGGUUUGAACUAUGCAUUCCUAGUGUUUUAAAGGUAACUAACUACCCACAUUUCCCUGCAGAGAUGCAGCAGUCAGUUGAUCACAAGAAAUUACUCUGAGUAGUUACUGUACAUUGAUGAGACUCUGCUCCUAGACUGUUUAAGACCUGGUCAAUGCUUGUAGUGAGUGUUUAUUUUCUCUACAUACAUUAGGUGCUAAUUCUGAUAUCCAGGUACACAUUUGUCUCUUUCCUAAAACUAACUAACUAAAAAAUGUACACACCUUUUAGCUACUGCAUACUAAAUUGCUGUUAAAUAAAAAUAUGUGCAUUAGGCCUUUGUUAAUGA